UGCGAGCGGCCCGCGAUGUGGCUGGGCCCGGAGGAGGUGCUGGGGGCCAACGCGCUGUGGGUGACGGAGCGCGCCAACCCCUUCUUCGUGCUGCAGCGACGCCGCGGCCACGGCAAGGGCGGUGGCCUCACGGGUCUUCUCGUCGGCACCCUGGAUGUGGUGUUGGACUCCAGCGCCCGCGUGGCCCCUUACCGCAUUCUGCACCAGACCCAGGACUCGCAAGUCUACUGGACUGUGGCUUGCGGUUCUUCUCGCAAAGAGAUCACGAAACACUGGGAAUGGCUGGAAAAUAACUUGCUCCAGACACUCUCCAUCUUUGACAAUGAGGAAGAUAUCACCACCUUUAUCAAGGGCAAGAUACACGGUAUCAUUGCCGAGGAAAACAAGAACUUGCAGCCCCAGGGAGAUGAAAACCCUGGGAAGUUCAAGGAGGCUGAGCUGAAGAUGCGGAAGCAGUUUGGGAUGCCCGAGGGGGAAAAACUGGUCAACUACUACUCCUGCAGCUACUGGAAGGGCCGUGUGCCCCGGCAGGGCUGGCUCUACCUCACCGUCAACCACCUGUGCUUCUACUCCUUCCUGCUGGGGAAGGAAGUGAGCCUCGUGGUGCAGUGGGUGGAUGUCACGCGGCUGGAGAAGAAUGCCACCCUGCUUUUUCCCGAGAGCAUCCGUGUGGACACCCGGGACCAGGAACUCUUCUUCUCCAUGUUCCUCAACAUCAGCGAGACCUUCAAACUCAUGGAGCAGCUGGCCAACCUGGCCAUGCGGCAACUCCUGGACAGCGAGGGUUUCCUGGAGGACAAGGCCUUGCCCAGGCCUAUCCGGCCGCGCAGGAACAUCUCGGCUCUGAAGCGGGACCUGGAUGCCCGUGCCAAGAAUGAGUGCUACCGGGCCACCUUCCGGCUGCCCAGGGAUGAGCGCCUAGAUGGCCACACAAGCUGCACCCUGUGGACGCCCUUCAACAAGCUGCACAUCCCCGGCCAGAUGUACAUCUCCAACAACUACAUCUGCUUCGCCAGCAAGGAGGAGGACGCGUGCCACCUCAUCAUACCCCUGAGGGAGGUGACCAUUGUUGAAAAAGCUGACAGUUCCAGUGUCCUGCCCAGCCCUCUGUCCAUUAGCACCAAGAGUAAAAUGACCUUCCUGUUUGCCAACCUGAAAGACCGAGAUUUCCUGGUUCAGAGGAUCUCGGACUUCCUCCAGAAAACGCCCUCCAAGCAGCCAGGCAGCAGCAUCGGGGAAAGGAAAGCCAGCAUAGUGGACGCAGCCCCCGAGUCUCCCUCAGCUCCUCAGGAGGUUUUAGAGCAGCCCACCUGCCCAUCCUCCACCCCCAGUGGCUGCCAGAGCUGUACACAGGAGGCGCCAACUGCAUCCCAGGGCCUGCUCAAGCUCUUCCAGAGGAACUCGUCCACAGAAGUCCUGGGGGCCAAAGGGGUAAGCGCUAAGGCCAAGGAGAAGAUGAAAGAGGAGUCAUGGAACAUUCACUUCUUUGAGUACGGGCGCGGCAUGUGCAUGUACCGCACCGCCAAGACCCGCGAGCUGGUCCUGAAGGGCAUCCCCGAGGGCCUGCGAGGGGAGCUGUGGCUCCUCUUCUCUGGGGCCUGGAAUGACUUGGUCACUCACCCCGGCUACUAUGCCAAGCUGGUGGAGAAGUCCAUGGGGAAGUACAGCCUGGCCACUGAGGAGAUCGAGCGAGACCUGCACCGUUCCAUGCCGGAGCACCCUGCCUUCCAGAACGAGCUUGGGAUCGCAGCGCUUCGGCGGGUGCUGACCGCCUAUGCCUUCCGGAACCCCACUAUUGGCUACUGCCAGGCCAUGAACAUCGUGACGUCUGUGCUCCUGCUCUACGGUAGUGAGGAGGAGGCUUUCUGGCUGCUGGUGGCCCUCUGCGAGCGGAUGCUGCCCGACUACUACAACACCAGGGUAGUGGGUGCCUUGGUGGACCAAGGCAUCUUCGAGGAGCUUACGAGAGACUUCUUGCCGCAGCUUUCAGAGAAGAUGCAAGACCUGGGGGUGAUCUCCAGCAUCUCACUCUCUUGGUUCCUGACCCUCUUCCUCAGCGUCAUGCCCUUCGAGAGCGCCGUGGUCGUUGUUGACUGCUUCUUCUACGAGGGCAUCAAGGUGGUUCUGCAAGUGGCCUUGGCCAUCCUGGAUGCCAACACGGAGCAGCUGCUGGGCUGCAUGGAUGAGGGCGAGGCCAUGACGGUCCUGGGCAGAUACCUGGAUAAUGUGGUCAACAAGCAAAGUGUUUCUCCUCCUAUCCCACACCUCCAUGCCUUGCUGACCAGCGGUGACGACCCUCCUGCAGAGGUGGACAUCUUUGAGCUACUGAAAGUGUCAUAUGAGAAAUUCAGCAGCCUGCGGGCUAACGACAUUGAACAGAUGCGGUUUAAACAGAGGCUGAAAGUGAUCCAGUCCUUGGAAGACACGGCCAAGCGAAGCGUGGUCCGAGCUAUACCUGGAGACGUUGGCUUCUCGAUUGAAGAGCUGGAGGACCUGUACGUGGUGUUUAAGGCCAAGCACCUGGCGAGUCAGUACUGGGGAGGCAGCCGUACCACCGCCAUCCGUAGGGAUCCCAGCCUGCCCUGCCUGGAGCAGUACCGGAUUGACGCCAGCCAAUUCCAGGAGCUCUUCGCCAACCUGACGCCCUGGGCCUGCGGCUUGCACACACCCGUGCUGGCAGGGCGCAUGUUCCGGCUCCUGGACAAGAACAAGGACUCGCUCAUCAACUUCAAGGAGUUCGUGACGGGCAUGAGUGGGAUGUACCAUGGGGACCUGACAGAGAAGCUCAAAGUGCUGUACAAGCUGCACCUUCCCCCAGCUCUGAGCCCAGAGGAGGCCGAAUCAGCCCUGGAGGCCGCCUGCUAUUUCACAGAGGACAGGUCCUCAGAAGAAACACUCCCGCAAGAAGAGCAAGAGGGAGCUAGCAACGAGGAUGUUCAAGAAAAAAGAGGAGAGGAGAAGGGGACCAGCCCUCAGGACUAUCGGCACUACCUCCAAAUGUGGGCCAAGGAGAAGGAGGCUCAGAAGGAGACCAUCAAAGAUCUUCCCAAGAUGAACCAGGAGCAGUUUAUUGAGCUGUGCAAAACACUUUAUAAUAUGUUCAGUGAAGACCCCAUGGAGCAGGACUUGUAUCAUGCCAUUGCCACCGUGGCCAGCCUUCUCCUCCGCAUCGGUGAGGUCGGUAAAAAGUUUUCAGUCCGGGUAGGCAGGAAGCCCAGGGACAGUGCCUGCAGUGGGGACCAUGACAGAGCCACUACAGCCACCGUGGAGGAGGAAUCCCUAGUGCCUGAGCCCCAUCAGGACGCCGCCUGGGAACCUCAGCCACCAGCUGCAGGGGACCCCCAAGCCAAAGCUGGCGGAGACACCCACCUUGGGAAGGCACUGCAGGAGAGCCAGGUGGUGGGUGAAGGGGGCAGCAGCGAGGGGCAGGGCUCGCCCUCCCAGCUUCUGUCUGACGAUGAAACCAAAGACGACAUGUCCAUGUCCUCCUACUCAGUGGUCAGCACAGGCUCACUGCAGUGUGAAGACCUCACGGAUGACACAGUGCUGGUGGGCGGGAAGGUUAGCAGCCACACGGCCACGGUCCACUGUGAGGGCACUGUUGACACCGACUGGUGCAUCUCCUUUGAGCAGAUCCUGGCCUCCAUCCUGACAGAGUCUGUGCUGGUGAACUUCUUUGAGAAAAGGGUGGACAUUGGGCUCAAGAUCAAGGACCAAAAGAAGGUGGAAAGGCAGUUCAGCACAUCUAGUGACCAUGAGCAGUCUGGGGUUUCCGGCUGAGCUCUACGUCAAGAGUGGCUCAGACCAGGCUGCGGAAGUGGGGACUGACCUCUCGUUUCCUACUUCCCUCCUUCUCCUUUCCCCUUUCUGUUCUCUCCUUAGAGAUGCACCCCUCCAGAUCUCCCCAAGAGAGGCAAGAGUUGUAAAUGGAAAGAAGGCUGGUGCAGACCCAGUUGCCUAGAUGGAUUCCCCGGGCCUGGGUCUCCUGGGCCCCUGGAGG